CUGCCCUUGCUCAUUUAAGGAUCUUGUUAUGAAACAGGAGGAAUUAGCUGCCCUGUAGAUGAUGAUGAUGGAGAAAGAAUAGAAGAGGAAGACGAACAAAUUUCAUGCAGAAAUCCUAAUCAUUUAACUCGUAUAUUAUGAUGGAUUUUUAAAGAAGAAAACACAAUCCCCUGGUACUGUAACAGCAGUCCAACCAACUUGGCCGGGUAAUGAAACUUCGCCCACCUUGUUUCUUCCAAAAUGUUCUUCACAACCAACGGCUUUACAUGCCAUUCGUAAUUAUCCCUUCAAACAUUCUACUUUCUCCCACCACCUCUAAAUUAUUUCAAACAUUCACUAAAUUUAACGAAGAAGAGAUAACACGAUCCCUCCAUAAUAACCUCACACCAACACCAUACCCACCAUCUGCAUUCACUUACUCAAAACUCUUAUCGGAAUGCAGUUCCACAAAUUCUAUCACUCAUGGACAAAUAAUCCAAGCACCCAUAAUCAAAUAUGGAUUUUUGAACGACAUCAAUGUCAGUUACAAGUUAAUCAAUUUCUACACAAAGUGUCAGAUUUUUGGUUGUGCUCGGAAUGUAUUUGAAGAAAUUGCUGAACCAGAUGUACUUUCUUGGUCUGCUCUUAUUUCUGGGUAUGUGCAGAAUGGGUUUUCCUUUGAAGCAGUUUCUGCUUUUCAGAAAAUGCAUUCAUCGGGUGUGCAAUGUAAUGAAUUUGUUUUUUCUAGUGUACUUAAAGCGUGUUCAGGUAGAAAAAAUUUGAAACUAGGAAAACAAAUUCAUGGGAUGCUGAUCAAAACAUGUUUUCAGUAUAAUGUGUUUGUUUUAAACACUUUGCAAACUGUGUAUGCUAAAUGUGGAGAGCUUUUGGAUUCACGGAAAGUUUUCGAUGAGAUGCCCGAGCGGAAUAUUGUUUCUUGGAAUGCAUUAUUUUCUAGUUACGUGCAAAAUGAUUGUUGUGCAGAAGCAAUUUCUCUGUUUCAGGAAAUGAUUGUCAGCAGGUUGCUGCCUAAUGAGUUUAGUCUUUCAAGUAUCUUGAAUGCAUGUACAGGGUCGACGGAUUACGGCCAAGGAAGGAAAGUUCAUGGGUAUCUAAUUAAGCUUGGUCAUUAUUCAGAUUCCUUCACAGCAAAUGCUCUUCUAGACAUGUAUGCCAAAUUAGGAGACCUUGAGGCAGCUAAAACUGUGUUUGAGGAAAUUAGGCAACCUGAUAUUGUUUCGUGGAAUGCUAUUAUUUCCGGCUGUGCUCUGCAGGAAGACCAUGAUUGGGCGUUAAGAUUGUUUGUGGAGAUGAAAUUGGUGGGUACAAAUCCGGACAUGUUUACUUUUUCUAGUAUUCUCAAGUUCUGUAGUGAAAUGGGGAUGAAAGAACUGAGUAUGCAGGUACACUCUGAUUUGAUCAAAAGGGACAUUGGGUCUGACUUCAUUGUGGGUGUUAGCCUGGUAGAUGUGUAUUCAAAGGGUGAUCUUAUUGAGGAUGCAAGAAAGGUUUUCGAUACACUUCCUAAGCAUGAUGUGAUUGCAUGGAAUGCAAUGAUUUCAGGAUACUCCCAGAGUGGGAAUGACGGUGAAGCUUUAUUUGUCUUUGUUGCCAUGCAGAAAGAAGGUCUUGGCUUCGACCAGACCACUUUAUCAGCAGUUCUUAAAUCAACUGCUAGUUUGCAGACCGAUAUUGUGACUAGACAAGUGCAUGUUCUAAUUGUGAAAUCAGGACUCCAAUCUGAUGAUUACAUCAUCAACAGUCUGGUCGAUUCGUAUGGGAAGUGUAAGCUAUUAGUGGAAGCAAGGAGAUAUUUUGAGGAACACCCUUCUCGAAAUGUGGUACCCUUCACGUCUAUGAUCACAGCCUUUACCCAACACGGGGAAGGAGAGGAAGCUCUGAAACUGUUUCUGAAAAUGCUUGAUUGGGGGGUCACGCUUGAUGGCUUUGUCUACAGUAGUCUUUUAAAUGCUUGUACGACUCUAUCUGCGUAUGAACAAGGGAAACAAAUCCAUGUUCAUAUAUUGAAAUCAGGGUUCAUCUCUGGUUUCACUGGUAAUGCAUUAGUAAACAUGUAUGGUAAGUGUGGAAGCAUAGAAGAUGCACACUGUGCUUUCUCAGAAUUACCAGAGAGAGGGGUUGUUGCUUGGUCCGCUAUGAUAGGGGGACUUGCACAGCAUGGAUGCGGGAAGGAAGCCCUAGACAUGUUUAAUAAGAUGUUAAAUGACGGUGUUUCACCAAAUCAUAUAACCUUAGUUAAUGUUCUUUGUGCUUGCAAUCAUGCUGGUCUUGUUACAGAGGCUAAAAGAGUUUUUGAAUCAAUGGAACUUCUGUUCGGAAUAAAACCUUUGCAAGAACAUUAUGCAUGUAUGGUCGAUCUCCUAGGUCGUGCUGCGAAACUAAAUGAAGCAAUGGAACAUGUAAGAAAGAUGCCAUUUGAAGCUGAUGCUUCCAUUUGGGGUGCACUUCUUGGUGCAUCAAGAAUUCAUGGAGAUCUCGAACUUGGCAAGUAUGCUGCUGACAAGCUCAUCGUGCUUGAACCAGAGAAAUCUGUAACACACACACUUCUUGCAAACAUUUAUGCAGCUUCAGGUGAUAGGAGUGGUGUUUCGGAUGUUAGAAGACUGAUGAAAGAUAGUAAGGUAAAGAAGGAACCAGCAAUGAGCUGGAUCGAGGUUAGGGAUGCAGUACAUACAUUUAUGGCUGGGGAUAGAAACCACAAUCGAGCUGAAGAGAUUUAUGCAAAGCUCGACGAGUUGAGUGACCUUUUAAGUAAAGCUGGUUAUGUACCCAGGGUUGAUGUCGAUCUUCAUGAUGUGGAUCGAAGUAUGAAGGAGGAGCUUCUUUCUCACCAUAGCGAGAAGCUUGCAGUGGCUUUUGGGUUACUUGCCACAGCACCAGGAGCCCCAAUUAGGGUAAAGAAGAACCUUCGGGUUUGCAUUGAUUGCCAUACUGCAAUCAAGUUCAUAAGUGCGAUUGUUUCAAGGGAGAUCAUAGUUAGAGAUAUCAGUCGGUAUCAUCAUUUUAGAAAUGGAUCAUGUUCUUGUGGGGAUUAUUGGUAAUAUUCAUGGAGUAAAUAUAUAUUGAUUGUCUAAUUUUAUUUCCGUUCUUCUGUAAAAUACAUUUUCUCCCUGCAGCUCAGGUUUUCGGCUUAUGGGUGUUGAUCAAU